CUGGUUUGUAUAGGAUGCAUGUACGUCAGCAAGGCGAGAAGAAGCUUAGAUUGAAAAUGUUUUUUUUUGUCAUUGGUCAAACAAAAACUUGCCAAUAUGUUGCAAGGCAAUAUAGCCUAGGUAAUUAAAUGAAAAAUUUGAGGUUAAUUUCUUAUAAAACUGAGCAUGAAACCUAAUGAAGGCUCAACCUAGUUCCGCUUCCAGUCAAAGUUAGAGAGACAGAUCUUCGUAGAAACGGUAUCACUAUCAGGCUUGGAAGCAGGAAAUCAAACGAACAAAAAAGAUAUGCAUGGUGGUGCAGAAGAAGUAGAUUUAGAUCCAUGUGAUCUAUAUGUUUCUUUGGGAACACUGAUUGUUGAAGGUCGACAACCAGGACUGACAGAAAGAGGAUAUGGAGAAGGUCCGCACUGUUUACCACCUCAUGGGCAAAACAGACAUGAGUGUGACUUAACAUCAGAAUUUUGUCAGCGACAGGCUGUCUUACUGAAACACAUGCUGCUUCUGUGGAGAAAUGGCAUUCCAAUGUCCAUUGAGGUCAUUUUACAUCCAGAUUGUUGUAAACCUGCAAAUUUGGAUAGCAUAAAUGUAGAGGCUUCUUCUAAUCCAGAUACACCAUCUUGUCUAUUGGAGCAGUGGAAUGUGCACAUGUUACCAAAAAGAGUACCAAAUGCAAAUACAACUCCUCGUGGAUUGAUUCUUGCAUUACGCUCAUUUUUGCACUUCUCACAACUAAGUGCCUGGCUUAGUCUCUCAGGAGGGAAAUCUCCAAAAAACAUACAGUACAGGAUCUGUGUUCCAGGAGAAGCAUUUUCAAACAAAUUCUCCAGACCACCUGAAAUGCAUGUUUUUCCUUUGGCCAAUGUUGGGAAGAACAAUGCCAUGAAGGUGACUGUGCGAACUUUACCUCGUUAUGUUCAUGCUACUUUAGUAUGCAGUAUUCAUGACAGAAAAGAACAUGAAAUUACAAAAGAUUUUAAAAACAUGAAAGUUGAAGAUGAAAUGCUUUCAAAAAAUUACAAAGAAUUCAUUGGUGAUAAUUGUAGAUCAAGAAUUGAUAGACACCAUAGAGAGAAAGUUCUUCAGCUGUCAGAGAAAAAGCCAUCACGUACAUCAAGUCCUGCUGAUUCUAUGAUAGGAGACAGUCUUCUUGAUCCACCACAGUCCUUACAGAUGUAUCCCAAGAGAUAUCAGUCUCCAUCUCGCAGCGGGAGUCCAAGCCUUGAAGCUCCUGAACGACUUAUGUUAGGUGCUACUUCUUGUAGAAAAGAAAAUGUCAGACAGAAGUCUGACGCAUAUGGAAGGCAUCAGCGCCGUCCAGUUGUGGAACGUUUCUUGAAAAAGGAAUUUGGAGGGGUAGCUACUAGCUUAUCACCUAUCAGAUAUAAAGGAAUUGCUUCAGAGUUGAAAGAACCAGAAUUGGUAACAAAGAAAGAAAACAAUUUAUUACAUAAAGGCAAAGCAAAUGAGUCAAGCUCCUAUUUUUGUAAUACAGCAAUUGCAUCCUCUUUCCCAAGUGUAGAAAUGCAGUUUGUUUUAGAAAGAUUGCAUCAACAAUUUUCACACUGUAACCACGUCCCUAAAAAACAAGAUUUAUACCCAACUGCUUACACACAGAAAGAAAACUUACACUCUCCCAUACCAAAUAAAAAUAUUCAUCUACAGUCUUUAAAAUGCUCAUCUGUUAGAAAUAAUGUUUGUGAUAAUCCCAUUAUUUCAUCAACUGAAAACAAGCUAGCAAAAGAUCCUAACCAGAUUUACAUGAAUGGUGAUUCUUCCUCAUCUACUCUACAUUUUGAACCUUUGACCCACAAAGAGUUGUCUAACUCUUUUGAAAAACUGACUUCUGUGCUACAAACCUGUGAUACUUCUUUAACGAGUGAUGAAAUACAACAGGCAUGUGAUACAAUAAAAGUCUUAGAGGUAGGAAAAGAAUCCGAGGAGGAAGCAUGUCAUCCAGAGAUAGGAUCACAAUCUAUGUUUUAUUUUCAGCAUGACUGUGAAAGUCUUGAGCCAGAUUCUUCCAGUGAAUUCGUACAAGAUUCUUCUGAAAUGUCUGAUGAUCUUGUAUUAUUAAAAGAUGAAAAUGGCAUAGAAAAUGAUGAAAAUACUACCUCUCUCAGUACAAAAGAGCACAAAGAGGAUGAUGAUCAGAAAGACACAAAAAUGAACCAGAAACUUACGUAUAGUAAAACUUGGAGUGAAGGUUUGAGCCAACUUCGAAUUAAAGCUACUAUAGCAAAAAGUAACCAUUUUUUGAAGCAUUUUUUCUCAGAAGCCCAAAAUAGCUCUUCUUUACCUGACAAUCAGAAGGAGACAAGAAAAUGUAAGGGUAAUAACGUACCAUCUGCAGAAGCAAAAGCUAAGUUUAGACGAUCACUGGAUAGUGCAACUAGUUUAGUAUUUUACAAAUCUAGUGGAUUGCCUCUUACUUCAAGUCCUGCUCCCAUUCGAAAAUCGGGAACAUGCUUUGAUUUUGACAGUUCUCUAACUUCAGUAUCAGCCAUAAAAAGGGCAUUAUUUGAAAAGAACUCUGAAGACGAUGACCAAAAAAAUAUUCUUAGUACCAGUGCUCCACCAUCCACAACCACAAGUAGCCUGCUGUGUAAUUUUGAGGAAUCUGUUUUAAAUGGAUGUUUAGAGCCUGUUAGUACAGUGGAAGGCUUUACUGCAGAGAUUGGUGCUAGUGGAUCAUUCUGUCCACGUCACAGAACUCUUCCAGUCACUGUAUUUUUCUAUACACUAGAAGGAACUGACAAAGUAAUUUCUCCAUAUCUGGGUCAUAUCGGUCUAGGAAGGAAAGGUUAUCACGUUCCAAAACAAGGAACUGUUCAAGUGACUUUAUUCAAUCCUCAUCAAACUGUGGUCAAGAUGUUUGUGGUGAGGUAUAAUUUGUCUGACAUGCCACCACAUUGCCAAACUUUUCUGCGUCAACGAACACUGCACAUGCCAGUAGGAGCUUCUCAAGAUGAUUCUGAAGCUCGAAAGUGGCUAAGAUACCUCAUACAUCUCAGGUUUGCUAGUUCAAAAUCGGGACGCAUCUACCUCCACACCGAUGUGCGUCUAAUUAUCUUCAGAAAGAGUGAUGUUGAUGCAGCCACUGUUCAUGAAGACAAGCCAUAUGAACUCAGAUCUUUCAUUCAGGAGCCUUUAAAUCCAAAAUUUUCUCCUCGCAAAUAAUGGUAGUACUUUAUAGGAUGGUCUUUUAUGUGAUUUUAUAAGAGAAAAAAAAAUGAUUUUGUACAUAUAUAUUUACAUAUAUAUCUAUGUAUACAUAUAUAUAUUUGUUGUUUGAUUAGACAGUGUGGUGUGAAUCAUGUUAAAGGUAUGUUUUUAAAAAUAUAUGACAAAAAAUAUUUCAUUAUUUAUUGUACUUUUAGA